GGUUACAUACGCAUCAUCACGACACGUGGAGGAUACUUAAUAUUGAGAGGAGAGAAAACGAAUAAGUAUUUAAUCGUCCUACACGUGAACCAUCAGCUGUACUUUCCUUAAGGUUAUCAUUGAGAUUGUCAAGCAUCCCGCAUCACACAAGCUUUCGUUCGCCGUUGGAAUCAAACCGUUGGCGACCUUCCCCUCAAACCUCAGAUAUCACCAACGCAAGCCACCAUGCAGUUCAACCUCAUCAACGGACCACCAGACGCCACGGCCCCAAAAUCGCCUCUCUCCGAGCCUUUCACUCUGACUGCGCUGCCAGACACCGACGUCUGGCGCACACCAGCCUCUGCCGGUGGUCGCGAUAGCUUCGACGGCACGAUCCUCGCCACUGAACUUCCCCUGAAAUCCUUCCAACGAGCCCAGGUCACCGUGUCCGCCGACUGGAAGUCGCAGUACGCGCAGGCCGGGCUGAUCUUCUACGACCCGUCUUCGCACCGUCCAUGGAUCAAAGCUGGGAUCGAAUUUAAGGACGGCGCGACCUUCGCGUCGGUGGUCGCGGCGAACCCGUACUCCGACUGGAGUUUGCUGCCUUGGGGGGAGAAGAGCGUGACGAUUGAGUUUGAGAAGGUGCAUGGGGCGCUGUGGGUUUACGGGCGCAAAGCUGAGGGGGAGAAGAUCCCGAUGAGAGAGACUACUUGGGCGUUUGAAAACGAGGACGCAAACAUUGCGGUGGGAGUGUUGGUGGCAAUGCCAAAAGGAGAGGAUGGGGUGGAGAAUGGUGGACAGUUGGAUGUUCGGUUUGAGAAUUUCACGAUCGAGACUGCGUGAGAUGCUGAGGUUUUCUAUACCAACAUCUCACAAAAUACGACAUCUUAGCGAGCCUUAGUUUUCCAAUAUAAACUUGCCUUGCUCCAUUGUUCGGUUCAGAUCCCAAAUUUGGUGGAUUGCGGUCAUAGUGUGCGAUCUGUCUUGAGCAGUUGAGCAGCAGUUCGAUAUGGGACCAGCCGCCGCUUGAUAGGGGAAAGAUGUAUCCCGUAUGUUUUGACUUUUGAGAGG